GGGAAGGGAGACACAAGAGCGAGGAGAAAGAGAGGAAAGACACACACAUAAACACUCCUAAGGCACAACAACAGCACCUGAUCUUCUCUCAUCAGGGAUCAAUCAGCCACACCGGGCAUCUUCUUCUGUGUUCUUUUCGGGCUUUUUUGGAAAGAUUUUGGAGAUGUCCAACGUCCAGUUAUCGAGCAGCGCGCUGGAGAGGCUGGUGGCCAGGAGGACCUUCCCUCUCCACAGACGCACCAGCGUUUGUCGUAAUCUCUUUGGACCGGUGGAUCACGAUGAACUGAGCCGGGAGAUGAAAGCCAAGAUGCGGGAGAUUAACGAGCGCGACCAGCAGAGAUGGAACUUUAAUUUCGAGGCCAACACCCCGCUGGUUGGGGAUUACGAGUGGGAAGAGGUGCCCGUGGAUAAGACCCCGGUGUUUUAUCAGGACUCUGUACAAAACGGCAGGACCCGGGUGCUUGAGACGCCCGUCAAGCAGAAGCCCUCCGCGGACUCUGAACUCCCGGAGACGCCUCGUAUGGAUGUACUGGAGCGUUUGGCCGUGCCGGAGAGCAGCAGCAGCAGCAGCAGCAGCAGCAGCAGCACACCCUGCCAGGUGGAGGUCAACCAGGAGAACCGCACAGACAAGCUCAACUCAGGGAAGCAGACUCACAGACAGGUCCCGUGUGUUAGACGCAAGAGGACAGCCGCUACUGACAACAACACACACAUCACAGACUUUUUCGUGAAACGUAAGAGGGCUGCUGAUAGAAAAUCUAAUGAUGUGAGCGCGUGCCACCUCUCCAAGUCUCCAAUCCCGUUGGAACAAACUCCACGAAAGAGGAUCCGUUGAAGGUGUUUUUCUUUGUUUUUGUUGUUGCACUAUUUCCCUGCGCAUUUUUGAGGAUCAAUGGGAAGAUGUUUGUCCCCGCCACUUAAACGCUGGAGAGGAGGAUAGAAAACGGUGGGACGGUGCUGUUGGGGAAGGAAGCCCGGCUGAUCGGCCGGCUGCUCCGGCUCGGUGCGCCCCGGCGGAGCGGAGCCUGAACACGGGAGCAGACUCUCAGGACUGAACGGUUUGGGGGGAGGGAGAGGAAAGGAAAGGAGAGGAAAUUUCGCCGAAAGACUUCUAUCCAGUACAAAUGUAGCAUUCAUUAUUGCUUUUGCAUACAGCCACUCGACAGUGUUAAAUGUUUUAACAUCUGUGCAAUCCUAAAUUACUUAAAAAAAAAAAAAAAAAAAAAAAAAAAAAUUGUCUACACUGGCCAAAAGUGUACAGCUUUAUAGAGACAAUAGCCUAUAAAUGUUUAUUUCUGUUCUGGUUUUUCUGUAAAUGUAUAUUUUUAAGACUAUUCUAACUUAUAAUUUAUUUAUGUUUCUUUAUAUUUGUUAAAAUGCCUUGUUGAUUUAGCCAAAGGGCAUGUUUUUAUUUUAUUUUAUUUUAUUUUAUUUUAUUAUUUACAUUUUUCUAUUGUGAUGUUUUGCAAUCAUGUAGCUUCCCCAUAGUAGUCCACACUUGGAAAAAAAAAGGUUUCUUUGUGUUUCUGAGCCGUUUCUAUUUUUGUGUUUUCAUACAAGUGCCCUAAUUAUGUCUUGCAAAAGAUGAGAAUAAAAUAUUUUUCACUUCAACUUUAAA